AUGACCAUCUCAACUACUACCAACAACCAAGACCCCCUCCCCCUCCCACCCCCCUUCAGCACCAUCCCCCGACACGUCCUAACCUUCGGCCCCUCCCCUAUCCACGCCCUCCCGCUCAUCACCUCCGCCCUCUCCCCCCCAAACCCAUCAACAACCAUCUACGCCAAACGCGACGACCUAUCCUCCCCUCUCGCCUCCGGAGGCGGCAACAAGACCCGCAAACUAGAAUACCUCAUCCCGGACGCCCUCUCCAGCGGUUCGACAACCCUAAUCUCCAUCGGGGGGAUCCAAUCAAACCAUACCCGGCAGGUCGCCGCGGCCGCCACAGUGACGGGCUUGAAAUGUCGGGUGAUCCAAGAAGACUGGGUUCCCUGGAACGACGCGCACUACAGCAAGGUGGGGAACAUCCAGCUAUCGAGACUCAUGGGGGCGGAUGUACGGCUUGAUCCAUCGGGAUUUGGGAUCGAGCAUAAGAGUACAUUGAAGAAGCUGGAAGAGGAGUGUAUCGCGGCAGGCGAGAAACCGUAUUAUAUCCCUGCGGGCGCGUCGGAUCAUCCGUUGGGUGGGUUGGGGUUCGCGCGGUGGGCGUUUGAGGUGCGGGCUCAGGAGAAGGAGUUGGGGGUGGAGUUUGGGACGGUGGUGGUUUGUGCGGUGACGGGGAGUACGAUGGCGGGGAUGGUGGCGGGGUUUAAGUUGUUGGAGAAGUUGGAUCGAGAGGCUGGAAAUGGGAGGGGGAAGACGAGGGUGGUGGGGAUUGAUGCGAGUGCGAAGCCGAAGGAGACGAGGGAGCAGGUGUUGCGGAUUGCGAAGGAGACGGCGGAGAGGAUUGGGUUGGGGAGGGAGGAGGUAUCGGAGGAGGAUGUGGAGUUGUGGGAGGAGUGGCAUGGGGGUGUGUAUGGAGUGCCGGAUAAGAGGACGUGGGAGGCGAUUGAGUUUGCGGCGAAGACGGAGGCGUUUAUUACGGAUCCGGUGUAUGAGGGGAAGAGUUUUGCGGGGAUGAUGGAUUUGGUCAAGAGGGGGGAGAUUCAGGGGAAUAUUCUGUUUGCGCAUUUGGGAGGGCAGUUGGCGUUGAAUGCUUAUUCGGAUUUGGGGAAGACGCAGUAG